AUGGUUCUCCCUCCUUCACCUCCCGUCUGCGAGGUCGAGCUGCCUCCUUCUCCUCCUGCGCUCCUGGUUGUCUACUGUAUCCUCACAAGGCGCACCGCCGCCUCCCGCGCCCGUUCGCCAUUUCCCCCCGCCUCGCGCUCACACUCUGCGACCUGCAUCUGCAACCGCACCGCGCGCAGCUUUAACGACCUACUCAGUGUAUUCCGCAGCACGCGACGCUGCUGCUCCACCCAAUGCCUGUGGUGUGCAUGUUUCCUGCCUGCCUUCCUCUUUUUCAUUCAUUCACUCAUCCAUGCCCGCUUGCUCUCUGCAGCCGUCCUGGCGGCUUUGAUGCUGCUGCCGUUUGCGUCCGGAGCUCCAGUCGAAGACGAACCCGUCGAUAAUCUGGCAGGCGACACCUCAGGUGAGGAGGGAGAGGAGUGGGAGGAGGAACUCUCCGACCUGCAGAAGCUGCUUCAGUUCACGCAACACCACGAGAAGGAGUUUAAAGAUGAGUUCCAUCUUGACGUGAUAUUCCUCGAGCACUACAAAUCCCCCUUGUUCCCAUCCAGAUGCCCGAGCUCCAACUUCAGCAAGGAGGCUUGUCUCCAGAGGUUGGCCCAAGGUCUGCUCACCUACACGGUUCUUCUGAAGCAUGUGGAGAUGGAGUAUCCCGACAGCCCCAUCAUCGCUGCAGUCAGAUUGUACAGCGGGGCCAUCGUCACAGCGAUCAAAGAGAAGAUGAAACACCGUGAGCGGGUCACGGUGCCGACCAGCACCCAGGAGGAGCAGCUGCUUAAGGGGCUCAAAAACCCUGAUACCUUCCAGAGAAAGAUGAUGGCGCACAGCAUCCUGCACCACUUUCACACCUUCCUUGUCGAUGCCAAAACGUCACUGAAUAAACUGGAGAAGCCCAGAGGACGUAUGGCCAACAGGGGAAUGGCUACUAUUAGUUCACUUCAGCAGUUGUUAAAAAGAUGAAAUUAUAAAACUGGAUUGUCAAGGAUUACCGUUACUCCUGCUGCUGUGAACGCAAUGACAAGCUGUGAGGUGUUUAAGGUAUUUGAAUGUUGACUACUUUAGGCCUUCGAGUUUGAAUCACCUUCUAUAUUAUGCCUUAUUUAACCUAUUUAUACUUGCUUAUUUAUUAGAGAGAAAAAAAUCACUAAUUUGAUAAAUGCACUGGAAACACAAUUUGUAUUUGUUACAAUGAUUUUAAUUUAACUGCAAAUUAACCUGGUUGUUAAAUAAGAAUAUAUUUUAUAUUUA